GGCGCGUGAGAUCCGCCUCUCUUCCCAUCAACCUGCGGCUCGUCCCGCUUUUCCAUUGGCCUUUUAUUCCACUGACAGGCGGCUAUUCCUGAACUCGCUUUAAUCGCAUCUAUUCCGCGUCUCCUUCGAUACGAUCGGAAGCGACAGAGUUAAUCUCGCUCUUAUCCACACACAGUUGUCUGUUUAGCUCGGAAUUAGACCGUGGUUUAUUGGUAGACGGUCGGUUGCGCUCUAAUUCAAUCAGCAGACAUCGCGCGGGAGGUGGGGCCACCGAACAGAACAGCGCGCACCACACCAUUCUUUUCCUGUAAGUGCAUAUAUAAAAGCGGCUGUUUAAUUAAUUCAAUUUCCAUUUAAACAGCCGAGAAACAUGAGUGAUUCAGAGAAACAAACAGUCUCCCUUAAAGACAAGGAUGGAGUUGAGAAAAGGGGACGAGGAAGACCAAGGAAACAUCCAAAGGAAUCGAGUGGGUCGCCAACUGCGAAAAGACCAAGAGGACGGCCAAAAGGCAGCAAAAACAAAGGCCCAUCCAAGAGAAAAUCAUCGGCUUCUGGCAGCAAACCUAAGGGCAAACCGAAGAAAGAGGAAAAGGAAAAACCUCAGGACUCAUCUGAGGACGCUGAGGAAGAUGACGAGGAGGAGCAGUAACAAUCUAACUGGAGCACUACCUCAUACUCAACCAAACAAACCAACCGUCUGCUCUCCAACCUGUGAAUAACAUGGAAUGUCAUUCACAUCUUUCUACAGCCACAAAAGAACAGUAAUAGAUGUAAUAUUCUGCAUAAUACCUGAGUUUUAUGUCAUUAGAUCAAAUAUACUGUAGAAAUCAGAAUCACACUGCAUACAAAAGUCACGUGUUUCCAGUUACUUUUACUAUAUAUCUAUUGGACUGAGGUGCUUUUCUACUUAUGCUUUGUUUGUAGUAUUGUUUAGUAAGUUUUGUGUCUAUGUUGUAGACUAGAUUUAGAUCAAGCUAUAAUUUAAUGUGUAACAUCAUGGGCUUAAUAGUUCUAUAGAAUGCAUUCAUUUUGAAUGUAGCUGUUUACAGUUUACCAAUUAACAGUUUACCUAGCUUUUUAUUAGUGUGUAUUACUGUGCAACCAUCAGUGAAAAUUUGUUUCAAGGCAGGUGCUUAUAUUUUGUAAUCAAAUAUAAGUUACCCAGGCCAGGUUUAAGGGAGCACGUAGUUUUAGCUUGAAGGAAUAGUUCAGCCAAAAAAAACAAACAAAAAAAAAAACUCACCCUCAGGCCAUCCAAGAUGUAAAUGAGUUUGUUUGUUCAA